UCCUAUGAAUAUUAAGUGUGACCAAAAUUUCGGGGCUGCUUGAUAGGAUGAAAUUGCAAUUAACUAAUAAUCCUAUAAAUAGGACAGCUCGUCGCAAUAAUAUUUCAAGUUUUUUUGCUCAUUAUCGCUGCUGAAAACGAAAGAAUGAGCAGGCUCAAGACCAUAUUUAUGGUGAGCCUGUUGGCUAUAUUCCUAAGCCCCCAGGAGACUGAGGCCCAGGCAACCAUCGGCGAAAACUGGAGCAAGUUGGGCAAGUGCACUCAGGUGGGCAUCGAAACAAUUACUAGUUUGGCCAACAAAGUUGUCCCAAGCUUCUACGAACUGAAAAAAUGUUCCGGAUACGUGGUCUUGGAACAGCCAAACAGAAAGGGACGAAAGAUUACCUGGUACCUGAAGGUCACCUAUGAAUUCUUUAAGAAGCUGGCCUUUGACGAACCGAAAUGUCUGCACAAUCUUAUAAGCCGAAUAGCUCAAAGGGUCAAACCAUAUACAGAGCAAAUUACGGGAUUGGGUUGCUUGGACGAAAAUGAUUUUAUCAUCUAAAGAAAGGAAGAGGAAUAUAACAUUAUGCGCCAGAACUGAAAGCACUAGAAGGUCUAAAAUGUGAGAAAACAAUGAUUUGAUUUAGUAAUUAGUAUGCUCCUUUGAAAAGAAAGUAUUAGAAUAUAAACUAAAUUAUAAAAGAAA